CGUCCUUAUUUUGAGCGCUUUGUUCGGCACACGGUUAGUGCGUGAAUAAUAAGUGCAAACAAACUGAACACUUUUCAAUUUGAGUUGAUCGGGGGAAAAUUAGCAUCUAACCCCCACCACCAGAACACGGUUGAUUUAAAAGGGUUUUAAUAUAUCCAUCGCCACCGUGGCUCCUGCUGAAAGACGCGGCUCCAGUAGCCCCCCAACUGCUAAUAUGCUGGUUCCCCCCGAUAUGCUAGCAGCCCAGUCGAAGAUGGUCUAUCAGAUGAACAAAUACUACACGGAAAAAGUGCAGGCCAGGAAACUGACAACGGCCAAAACCAUUCAGGAAGUGUGUCGAGUGGUGCAGGAUGUGCUCAAAGAGGUGGAAGUGCAAGAACCGCGAUUCAUAUCAUCCCUCACCGAUUACAACGGCCGGUUUGAUGGCCUGGAAGUGAUUUCGCCUACGGAAUUCGAAGUGGUGAUCUACCUGAAUCAGAUGGGGGUGUUGAACUUUGUGGACGAUGGCACUUUGCCUGGCUGUGCCGUCCUCAAGCUAAGCGACGGCCGGAAACGGUCAAUGUCUCUAUGGGUGGAGUUUAUCACUGCUUCCGGCUAUCUUUCAGCGCGCAAGAUGCGAUCCCGAUUCCAAACUCUAGUGGCGCAGGCUUGUGACAAGUGCUCUUAUAGAGACUCGGUGAAAAUGAUCGCUGAUACCACUGAGGUGAAGCUGCGGAUUCGCGAACGGUUUAUAGUGCAAAUCACGCCGGCUUUCAAGUGCACAGGAUUAUGGCCCAGAUCGGCUGCCCAUUGGCCACUACCUCAGAUUCCCUGGCCACACCCCAACCUCGUAGUCGAAGUCAAGACUGAGGGUUUCGAUCUUCUGUCCAAGGAGUGCGUGGCCCUGCAAGGGAAACAAUCUGCCAUGGAAGGCGACGCUUGGGUUCUCUCCUUCUUGGAGGCGGAAAAUCGACUGUUACAAGGCGGCUGCAGGCGCAGAUGCUUGAGCAUCUUGAAAACCAUCAGGGACCGACACUUGGACCUACCAGGGAAUCCAGUCACCAGCUACCACAUGAAGACGCUGCUGCUGUAUGAGUGCGAAAAACAUCCUCGCGAAAGCGAAUGGGACGAAGCCUGCAUAGCGGAUAGAAUCAACGGAAUAUUCCUGCAAUUAAUAUCUUGUUUGCAAUGUAGACGCUGUCCUCACUACUUUCUCCCGAACUUGGAUCUGUUCAAAGGCAAAUCGCCCAGCGCUUUAGAGAACGCGGCCAAACAGGUCUGGAGACUGACGCGGGAAAUGCUGACAAACUCACGGUGUUUCGAAAAAUUGUAGCAAAUCUACUUUGUAAGUAUGUUGCCUUAAGUCGUUUGUUGUUUGCCGUCGGAUCCACGUCUAAAUUUAGGAAAUUGUAUCAACUUGACUGUGAUUUUUUUUAGUAUAGGCUGCGGCAAUGCCGGCUUUUCUAUUAUUAUGUAUCGUAUUUUUGUAUAUUUAUGUUAAUAAAAUCUAAUAUACUUAUUUGAA